UGAAAGAGUGGCUAGCCGUAAACUCAAGGAUUUCAACUGGAACGCAGAGGUAGCCAUAGACUCCUUCUUUAAUGAUCAGCCAGUCGUUCAGAGAGGAUAUGCAGCUGCACCCGCGCCUUCAGGCGUUGAUGUUUAUAGGCUUAACCAGAUAUUCCAAAAAUAUAAAGACAAAGACGAUGAUGCUAUUCUAGCCGACGGAAUACUUGACAAACUCGUAUAUCAACUUAACCUGGACUUUGAGAAGCUGGAGCAUCCAUUCAUGAGACUCGACUACAAGGAUGCGAUUCAGUAUCUCACAAAAGAUGAUGGAACAUUCUAUGAAUUCGGAGAAGAUAUCCCGGAAGCACCUGAACGAGCAAUGAUUGAUAGAAUUGGAAAGCCCGUGUUCUUGUGUCGAUUCCCCGCCGACAUAAAGGCAUUUUACAUGAAGAAAUGUGUUGACGAUUGUCGUGUUACGGAGAGUGUUGACAUUAAUUUCAUAAAAGUAGUACUUACUUUCUCCAUAGAUAUACAAUUAGAAUAUAUGAGAGAGUAUAAGAUAGAUAAUUAUGGUUCUCGUGAUCUGGUAUUUUUCAUGUAA